AUGGCUCCAGGAACAGCUGCGACUAUUGAGUCCGCUGCUCUGGCUAAGCGCCAGGCUCUUGCAGGUGCAACAGGUCCUUUGGCAAUCUUCCAGAACUUAAGAGUUUUCGGUAUUGCGUGCUUUGCCUGCCUUGGCGGUUUGCUCUAUGGCUACAAUCAGGGAGUGUUCAGUGGCGUAUUGACCAUGACAUCUUUCGACCAUCACAUGGGCGACUAUACGACCAACCAGACCAAGAAAGGAUGGUUGACUAGCAUUCUAGAACUAGGAGCUUGGUUUGGUGCCAUAACUUCUGGGUUUACAGCAGAAAGCUUGUCUCGAAAAUAUGCUAUUCUCCUUAACGUUUGCAUUUUUGUACUCGGCGUCGUCGUUCAAGCUACCGCAGUUACACCAUCCGGCCACAACUCUAUUCUUGGGGGGCGAUUUGUCACUGGAAUGGGUGUUGGUUCUCUAAGUACUAUUGUUCCCAUGUAUAAUGCAGAAAUAUCGCCGCCUGAAGUUCGUGGCGCUCUAGUCGGUCUUCAACAGCUUUCAAUUACUCUUGGAAUCAUGAUAAGCUUUUGGAUCGAUUACGGAACGAACUACAUUGGGGGCACUGGCAAAAGCCAGCACGAUGCAGCCUGGCUUUUGCCUUUGUGCCUUCAGCUUGUUCCGGCUACCCUCUUAGGUGCGGGCAUAUUAUUCAUGCCAUUCAGCCCUCGAUGGCUUAUUCAUCACAAUCGGGAAACGGAGGCACGUCGUGUUCUAGCCUCAUUAAGGAAUCUGCCACAAGACCACGAGCUUAUUGAGAUUGAAUUUGCAGAAAUAAAGGCGCAGUCCUUGUUCGAGAAGCGUGUUGUUGCAGAACGAUUCCCACAUUUGUCUGAACAAAAUAUAUGGAACACAUUCAAGCUCCAGUUCGUGGCCAUUGGCUCACUUUUUGCCUCAAAACCUAUGUUCAAGCGAGUCGUCGUGGCCACAGUUACCAUGUUCUUUCAGCAGUGGACUGGUAUCAAUGCAAUUCUGUAUUAUGCCCCUCAGAUUUUCAGCGACUUGGGCCUCUCUUCUAACACCGUAUCCCUUCUCGCAACGGGAGUUGUUGGCAUAGCGAUGUUUCUUGCCACUAUUCCCGCAGUUCUAUUUGUUGAUAAACUAGGCCGAAAACCAGUUUUGAUCGUAGGCGCAAUUGGGAUGGCAAUGUGCCACCUCAUCGUCGCGGGCAUCUCUGGGGCGUUUGAAAACUCGUGGCCAUCUCAUCGAGGAGCAGGUUGGGCUGCAGUAUCAAUGGUAUGGCUUUUUGUCAUUCAUUUCGGCUACAGCUGGGGCCCUUGUGCCUGGAUUGUCAUUGCUGAAGUAUGGCCGCUAUCCAAUCGAUCCUAUGGUAUUUCUCUUGGUGCUUCAAGCAACUGGAUGAACAACUUCAUCGUAGGUCAGGUCACCCCAGACAUGCUGAAGGGAAUGAGAUACGGUACGUAUAUAUUCUUUGGACUUUUGACUUUCGGGGGCGCAAUUUUUAUAUGGUGGUUUGUUCCCGAGACGAAAAGUCUUAGUCUCGAAGAGAUGGACAUCGUCUUUGGUAGUGUGGGAAUUGCUGCUCGUGACCGUGAGAUCAUGAAUGAAAUCAACGUGGAGCUUGGAUUAGCGAGUUUUGCGGAGACUGGUGUUAUGAGAGCAAGUAUCGAUGAAAAGGAAGCCACUCAUCAUGAAGAAGGGCAAGCUUGAUUAUAAGAUAAUACAAACCGGCAGGACACGAACACGAGAUCAUAUAUAGGAAACCAGUCAAUAUCGAAUUUAAGAGAAC